CCCGCCGGCAACGCGCAGCCGCGGUGGCGGUGUUGAAGUGUCGGCGCCGAGUGAAGGGGGGCAUCGAGGCGGGGGAAAAGGCAGGUGGAGACGCCGAGCAAAGUUGGGAUGUCGGCUAGGAGGCUGCUGGAGUGACCGAGAGAGGGGAAGCUGAGGAAAAAUACUCGUUAAGCACAGCGUUGGCGUGCGCCCUUGGACUACCUUUCCCCAUCGCGUUAAGGGGGCAGGUUUUCGCAGCUGCUUUGAGUGUCAGCUUUGGGUAUAAUGAACCUACUGCUAUGGCAAGCAACACUCUUGAAGGCUUCCAUGAAGUGAACUUGGCUUCGCCUUCCUCUCCUGAUUACACUGAACUGGCUCAAUCAGAGACUACAGAAGCUGCUACCUCAGGAAUUCUGUAUCAUCCUCAUUUACUGGUGAGCUCUACCCCAGUUGAGCCCUGUACACUAAUUGGUGCAGACCUUCCCACACAGCCGAUAUAUCCUUCUUCUCAGAACCUCAGCAGUGGAGAGUCAAGAAAUGUCAGCAAUAAAUUUCCAAUGCUGUGUGCUACCUCGGAAACAGUCCAUAAUUCACCAAAACCACUGGCAAGUGAUAUCGGCAACCAUCGUGCAGAAGUGGAAUUUUUGCAAGGUGUACUGGCAAAUGAAGUUCAAGAAGGUACAGAAGAUGUUUUGGACCAAAGUACAGACAGUUUAUCUCAUUUGAGAAGCCCAAUUGUACUUGAAGUGAGGGAGAAAGGCUAUGAAAGACUGAAGGAAGAGCUUGCUAAGGCUCAGAGGGAGCUGAAACUAAAAGAUGAAGAAUGUGAGCGUUUAUCCAAAGUGAGAGAUCAGCUGGGUCAGGAACUUGAAGAGCUUACAGCUAGUUUAUUUGAGGAAGCUCAUAAAAUGGUACGUGAAGCAAAUGUCAAACAAGCUGCAGCAGAGAAACAGUUAAAAGAAGCUCAUGGCAAGAUUGAAGUACUACAAGCUGAAGUGGCUGCAUUGAAAACACUCGUCCAAUCUUCUUCACCAACAUCACCCAUGAAGGAACUUCAACUGAAUGCAAAGCCUCAUUUUAAAAAGGGACAUGCUCGAAACAAAAGUACAAGUGCCAUGGCCAGCUGCAGCCAAGAAAUGAAUAUGAUACAACCUAUUGUAAGGGAUUGUAAAGAAGUUGAUUUGCUUCUGUUUGGUGAAUUUAAAGCAUGGAAGGAAGAACCAACAAUCGAUAAAACCUGCUGUUUUUUAGACAGAAUAUAUAAAGAAGAUAUAUAUCCUUGUUUGACAUUUUCAAAAAAUGAGCUAGCUUCUACAAUUCUUGAAGCUGUGGAAGGUAAUACUCUGAGCAUUGAGCCGGUGGUUUUCCAGCCUCUCCCUGUUGUGAAAGCUUCUGCAGUGGAGUGUGGAGGACCCAAGAAAUGUGCCCUGAGUGGUCAAACUAAAACUUGUAAACACCGAAUAAGGUUGGGAGAUUCCAGUAGCUACUACUACGUUUCACCAUUUUGUCGAUACAGGAUUAUGUCUGUAUGUAACUUCUUCACUUACAUUCGAUAUAUUCAGCAGGGUCUACUUAAACAACAAGAUGUUGAGCAGAUGUUUUGGGAAGUAAUGCAUCUCCGGAAGGAAAUGUCGCUAGCCAAGCUUGGAUUUUACAAGGAAGAACUUUAAGAUUCAAUCUUUGCAAAAUAAAAUGCAUGAGCUUUAAUGAGUGAUCAAAAAUGUAGUUUCCAAAAGUUCCUUGUCCUAAUAUUUAUUUUCUUUUAUAUUAGGUCUGCCAUUUGAUUUUUAUUUAAUUUUUCCCCAUUAACUUAACAAGUGACAAAGAACAGUUUUUCUUUCUGUUGUAUUAAAUUUUGUCACUUUAAGAAUUGUUCCUUUAGUAUUUGCAUCUGUAUCAGUGGCUUAAGAAAAGAAAAACUGAAAUAAAUAUUGAGAUCAUAUGUUUGCAGGAGAAAUGGAUAUUCUGUGUAUAUUAACUGUAUUUUCAUAAGACUUAAAAUAGCUUGACUGCAUUUGUUUUUUUGGAUGAGUAAAUUAACUCAUUGCAUUUCAAGUGGAAAAAUUAAAGGUUGGAUUAUUAAUUUUAAUUUGCGUUACAUACUUUGAACAAUCUGUUCUGUGAAUAAACUAUUCAAAUCUAUAGUCAAGCUAAUAUAUUUAAAUGAGAAAAAAUGAAUAUGAACUGCAUUGGUUAUACAUUAUAACAAUCUAAAUGGCAAUAAAUGUAUUCUGGUAAAUGCUAGGUUGCAGUUUUGAAUAUUAUCUGUACAUGAAGAUUUAUUAUAAAAUUGAGUCACUAGGAAAAAUAUGAAUAAUGUGAAUUUUUUGAAAUAUUUGAGGUACAUUAUUCUUUUUAUACUCUACAAUAGAAUUACAAAAUGAACUUUAUGAAUUUUAAUCUUUAUUGCUUUUAUCAAUGCCACUUCAUGUUUCUCAUGGAUAUUGUGGGCUUGGGGGAAUAGUUUUUAACCAGGUGUCCUGCAGGGUUUCUUUUUAAAUAGACAGUGUGCUUACAAGCUUUUGUUAAUACUGGGUGAUUUUUGUUUCUUUCCUAUAUUCCUGUCUUCUGUAAUGUUCUCUUGAGGAUUCGGGGGAAUGAUUUUUGGCCAAGUUUCUUGCCGGCUCUGGAACCGGAGGAAAAGGAGGAAAAGCAAAUUCAGUAUAUAUUUUCCUGUAAGAAAUUCUAUAGACUCUGGACAUUGUUAUUUUGCCACUUCCUGUUCAAUGUGCACUUUCAAUUGUACUUUUCUGUGAAAACAAGGCUUCUGCAGUAAUGCAAAAAAAACAAUACUUCAGGCAUUGGAUCUUUAAAAAUAUUCAGAAAGCUGGACAUCUGGGAAGAGAGAAACUUAAUCUUCCAUGUCAAUCAGUUUUUCAUCAAUAUUGCAAUAUCUUGGGAUUUUUGUUUUUCCUUAACCUCUUCAGUAGAAAUUGCAUGGCCUUUUCUGUUUUCUGUGUGUUUUAUGCACCAUUUGAGGAAUUGUGUAAAGGAUAAGCACUUCCUUCAGGGAAUGAAAUUCAAAGGGAGUAGCUACCAGCAGUUGCUUGGAGGGAAUCAACAGAUGGUGGAAAUGAAAGCAGCUGAAAGAAACAUAGCUUCGUCAUGUUAUGCAACAUGUUUACAAAUAAAAUGAGUUUGGACUAUGUUUAAAAGGUAGAAAAUAAAAUGUUAAAAUUGG